AUACUCUCAAACACAAAGCAAGUAGACAAGUAAACAACUUUUACAUUUGAACUUAAUCAUGUCUCACACCGAAGAAAUCAGUGACGGAAUCAGUGAUCAUGUGACUAAAUUCAGAUUAGUGCAGUCAGAUUGCACAUGGAGGAGUCAGACUGCAGAUUGUGUAGAUGUGGAGGGACAGCUGUCAGAUGCCAAACUUUAUGAGUCUUCCACAGAACAUGGAGUUUCCUGGACAGUGGUCAGCCCUAUUGUCUUCACUUACCGAGUCAUUCAAUGUGAGAGGCUACUGGAUGCAAGCAAUAACACCUUACUGUUUGGCCAUAUCUCCAACCCUACAGAGCUUUACACCCUUAAGAACAACGAUAAAAUGAUGAAGCGAUUCAUUGUAAUCGACGAGACUGUUAACAAUCUUUACGGCUCACAGGUUGCAGCAUACUUUGAAGCACAAAAGGUGAUGUACAAGAUCCUACCCUUGCCCACAACAGAGGAGAACAAGUCCAUGAUAUUUGUGACAAGAAUCUUGGAGGAGGUCCAUAAGUUCGGUAUUGACCGCCGAACAGAGCCCAUCAUCGCUAUUGGUGGCGGCGUAUGCUUGGACAUCGUGGGUCUGGCGGCAUCGCUCUAUCGGAGACGCACUCCGUACAUUCGCAUCCCUACCACUUUGUUGGCAUACAUUGAUGCCAGUGUAGGGGCAAAGAACGGAGUUAAUUUUGCAAACUGUAAAAAUAAGCUAGGGUCGUACAUACCACCAGUGGCAACGUUCCUGGACAAAACUUUCCUGUGGACUCUACCACGCCGCCAUAUUUCUAAUGGAAUGGCCGAGAUGUUGAAGAUGGCGCUGAUGAAACACAAAGGACUGUUUGAACUUUUGGAGAAGGAGGGCAGAUAUUUGUUGGACACCAGUUUUCAAACCACAGAAGGAACCAAAGCGCAUACAGAUGCCGCCAGUGUGUCCACCAGACUGGCUAUAGAAACCAUGCUGGAGGAACUUGCCCCAAACCUGUGGGAAGAUGACCUGGACAGGCUGGUGGACUUUGGCCAUAUCAUCAGUCCAGAGCUUGAAAUGAAAAUUCUUCCUGCACUUCUACAUGGAGAGGCGGUUAACAUAGACAUGGCUUUCAUGGUCUAUGUGGCUCAUGAGAGGGGUUUUCUGACAGAGGAGGAGAAAAGACGCAUCAUAGUCUGUAUGUGGAGUCUUGAGCUUCCUGUGUGGCAUUCAGACUGCACUCUGGAGCUGGUACAGAAAUCCCUUACUGAACGACUCAAGCACUCCGGUGGACUUCUGAGAAUGCCUCUACCAAUGGGACUGGGCAAAGCAAGAAUCUUCAAUGACAUAGAAGAGAUCAUCCUUUGCCGAGCAUUCAAGAAAUGGUGUGAAGAAAAUAGAGCUGAGCGCUUGGACAACAUCAAGGAAACAUAAUGCUGCCCCACUUCAAUAUUACACCUGACUGUAAUUCUUAAUAAACA